AGAGGUCUCAUCUGCUUCUGCACCUCCCUGGCGUCAAGGAAACAAUUUACGGAGGGGUCGUUAGUGGACGCAGGAUAUUCCGACGAUGAGUUCUCCAUCUGUUGAAGAGGAGUCCAACCUAGAUACGGAUAAAGAUGGAGCGACGGAGGAAUUAGAAUCGAAACGUUUGUUGCCGCCUCAAUUUACUCCCUCUACCAAUGACGAUGGUGAAGAAGAGGUUGCAUUCGAAUCUCGAGAGAAAAUUCUCAUCGUUGAUAUUGACUCCCCUGAGUCCGUCGAUGUGGUCGAUUUUGUCCCUCCAUUUUCGUGGAAAAAACUUUGGCUAUUUACGGGGCCAGGUUUUUUGAUGAGCAUAGCGUUCUUAGAUCCGGGGAAUCUGGAGGGAGAUCUCCAGGCGGGGGCGUUUGCGGGAUACUCGCUGCUUUGGCUGCUGAUGUGGGCUACGAUCAUGGGCCUACUGAUUCAGAUGCUGUCAGCACGGAUCGGGGUAGCUACCGGCCGCCACCUCGCAGAACUUUGCAGGGAGGAAUAUCCAAAUUGGGCCCGGUUGGUGCUGUGGUUCAUGGCUGAGCUGGCUCUCAUUGGUGCAGACAUCCAAGAGGUGAUUGGCAGUGCAAUUGCCAUCCAGAUAUUGAGUAAUGGGAAGCUGCCGCUCUGGGCUGGAGUCCUAAUUACUGCCUCGGACUGUUUUAUCUUUUUAUUUAUGGAGAAUUAUGGAGUAAGGAAAUUGGAAGCUGUUUUUUCGGUUUUAAUUGCAACUAUGGCUUUAUCAUUUGCUUGGAUGUUUGGUGACACAAAGCCUAGCGGAAAAGAACUACUGCUUGGUAUUUUAGUUCCAAGACUUGGUUCAAAAACAAUUCGGCAAGCUGUGGGAGUUGUUGGUUGUGUCAUAAUGCCUCACAAUGUAUUCUUGCAUUCUGCUUUGGUGCAGUCCAGAAAGGUUGAUCCAGGAAGGAGAGGCAGGGUUCAGGAGGCAUUAAAUUACUACUUGCUUGAGUCAUCUGCUGCCCUGUUGGUCUCCUUUAUGAUCAACAUGUUUGUGACAACUGUUUUUGCAAAGGGAUUCUAUGGUGCAAAGCUAGCCAAUAACAUAGGACUGGUUAAUGCGGGGCAGUAUCUUCAGGACAAGUACGGUGGAGGAAUCUUUCCCAUUCUUUACAUAUGGGGUAUUGGAUUGCUGGCUGCUGGACAGAGUAGUACAAUAACUGGUACAUAUGCUGGGCAGUUUAUCAUGGGUGGUUUUUUGAACCUUCGUCUGAAGAAGUGGUUGAGGGCAUUGAUCACACGAAGUUUUGCAAUUGUGCCUACUAUUGUUGUUGCUAUUAUUUUUAACACAUCUGAAGCUUCACUGGAUGUUUUGAAUGAAUGGCUUAAUGUUCUUCAGUCAAUACAGAUCCCCUUUGCCCUUAUCCCACUUCUUACACUGGUGUCCAAGGAGCAGGUGAUGGGGGUCUUUAGGAUUGGGCCUCUUCUUGAGAGGUUGGCAUGGACUAUAGCUGCUCUGGUGAUAGUAAUUAAUGGGUACCUUAUGAUGGAUUUCUUUGUUUCUGAAGUCAAGGGACUGCUGUUUGGAUUCCUAGUCUGUACUGGUACCGCUGCAUAUAUAGCAUUCAUACUUUAUCUUAUUUCACGCGAGGGAGCAUUUCCUUCUACCUGGUUCAGCAUAGAGCUAACAAAGAGGUAAGAAAAGCUUCAGCCAGUGCUAGGUAUUAUGAAUAUCAGAAUCAAACUGCUGUCAGCAAAUGCCUCUCAGAUAGAUAAUUGCCGUAUGAUCAACAUCUCGGAAAACUGAACAUGCUUUCAGUAUGAACCGUCUCUAACUCAGUGCAUAAACAAAGGUGCCUAAUACUUGUCCCAGCAAUUAACAGCAGGAGUCUACCUCUUGCUGCAGAGUUUAGUUUCGUUCUCAAGUGUGUAAGAAUUUUUGUUUUAUCAUGUUUCAAGGGAUGGAGGAGCUUCACAACAACCAUGAUAAUUUAGAUUUUUAGCUUCGUUGUGCCUCUUUCGGUUGUUGACAGUAAAAAUGUACAAGCAACUGCAUAGUUUUUCUUUGUAAUAACAGCUUCUUCAUGUACCAUGUUCAAUACCAGCAUACCACAAUAACAAAAUUUUACGAUA